AUGAGGGACAUCUUCUCUCAAUUUCAAGAACCAAUGGCUCUCCGUCCAAUUUACUUUCGCGGGUCAUUCUUGAGACCCAACCUUUUCCAUUUUCCUCGUAAGCUCAAGCCAUUGGACUCACCCUCUACUACUCCAUUUAGCUCCACAAUCAAUCACAGGAAGCGUUUCUACCAGAAUGUUAGCAGGCCCCAAGUGGCCUACCAUGUGUAUGAUGAAAUUCCCCACCAGCAAAAUGAAGGGAUAUCUGGCGGAACUGGAUUACUAUACCUGAUGGAUCAGCGAGAUAUUCGGGCAAAUUGUCAGACCUAUCUAUGGCUUCUGGACUCUUGUCUUACUUCUGGGUUGUUAGCGGAUUGCCAGAAGCUUCAUGGGAGGAUUUUGAAGGUGGGAUUUGAUAGGGAAAUCAUCAUCUGUGAUAAGCUUAUUGAUGUCUGUUUCACUUCUGGGGAUUUAAAUGGUGUCGUCAAGGUUUUUGAGGAUAUGCCUGAGAGAGAUGUUCAUGCUUGGAACAAGAUCUUAUCAGGGUUUUCUGCGAGGAAAAUGAGUAAGAAGGUUCUGGAACUGUUCUCUCAAAUGUUAGCAGAAGCUGUGAGCCCCAAUGAAUAUACCUUUGCCAAUGCGUUGCGGGCUUGUAAUAAUGGUGGAAUUGAUUUUGGUUUCGUUAAGCAGAUUCAUGCAAGGAUCAUUUUCCAUGGUGUGGAUUCUAAUCCUAUAGCAUUGAAUCCUCUUAUUGAUCUGUAUGCUAAAAUGGGGUUAAUCUCUUCAGCUAAACGGGUUUUUGACAAUUUAGAUUGGAAAGAUAGUGUUUCUUGGGUUGCUAUGAUAGCUGGUCAUUCAAAAAAUGGGUGUGAAGGUGAAGCCCUACACCUAUUUUGUGAAAUGCAUGCAGAAGGAACAUCUCUCACUCCGUAUGUAUUUUCCAGUGUUUUAAGUGCCUGCACCAAAGGACAGCUGUUUGAAACUGGGAUGCAGCUUCAUGCCCUGACUAUCAAGCAGGGAUUUUCUUCUGAAACAUUUGUAUGCAAUGCUUUAGUGACAUUGUAUUCUCGUUUGGGGAAUUUCACAUCUGCUGAGCAAGUUUUCAGCAAACUGAAGGAUAAGGACGGGGUUUCCUACAACUCUUUAAUUUCUGGGCUAGCUCAACAAGGAUUCAGUGAUAGAGCUCUGGAAUUGUUUGAGAAAAUGCAGGUGGAAGGAUUAGAGCCAGAUUGCGUUACUGUGGCUAGUCUCUUGAGUGUUUGUGCCUCAACUAAAACUCUUCUUAGAGGGAAACAACUCCAUUCCUAUGCACUGAAGGCAGGAAUGUCCGGAGAUAGUAUAAUUGAAGGUGCUUUGUUAGAUCUUUAUGUGAAAUCCUCAGACAUAAAAACUGCACAUGAUUUUUUCCUUACCACGCAGAAUGAGAAUGUGGUUUUAUGGAAUGUGAUGCUUGUGGCCUAUGGACAAUUAGAUGAUCUAAGUCAGUCAUUUAGACUAUUUAAGGAAAUGCAGGUUAAAGGGCUGGUGCCUAACCAGUUUACUUAUCCUAGUAUUUUGAGGACCUGUACCUUGUCGGGAGCUCUUUAUCUGGGAGAGCAGAUUCAUACACUAGUCAUGAAGACUGGUUUUCACUUCAAUGUCUAUGUCUGCAGUGUGCUUAUUGAUAUGUAUGCUAAACACGGGAAAUUAGACACAGCACUAACUAUUCUUCGAAGACUUGGUGAGGAAGAUGUAGUCUCAUGGACCGCAAUGAUUGCUGGAUGCACACAACAUGAUUUGUUUAAUGAGGCUCUUAAACUUUUUGAGGAAAUGCUAAGCCGUGGAAUUCAAGCAGACAGUAUCGGGUUUUCUAGUGCAAUCAGUGCAUGUGCUGGAAUUCAAGCACUUAAUCAAGGGCAACAAAUUCAAGCACAAGCUUACUUAUCUGGUCAUUCUGUAAAUCUUUCGAUUUCUAAUGCUCUUGUUAGCCUUUAUGCAAGAUGUGGUAAGACUCAAGAAGCAUAUUUGGUGUUUAACAAUAUGGAUACCAAAGAUAGUAUAUCAUGGAACGGAUUAAUAUCAGGAUUUUCUCAAAGUGGUCAUUAUGAGGAAGCACUGAACGUAUUUAAUCAAAUGAACAAAGCGGAAGUUGAACCUAGUGUGUUCACAUUCACUUCUGCAGUAAGUGCCGCUGGAAAUCUGGCGGAGGUAAAGCAAGGUAAGCACAUACAAGCUAUGAUCUUCAAAAGAGGUUUUGAUUCUGAAAUCGAGAUUUCUAAUGCUUUGAUCACAAUGUACGCCAAGUGUGGUAGCAUCAGUGAUUCCAAGAGAAAGUUCCUUGAGAUGGCUGAAAAAAAUGAUGUUACUUGGAAUGCCAUGAUCACUGCCUACUCUCAGCAUGGAGAUGGACUGCAAGCAGUAAAUCAUUUUGAGAACAUGAAAAAGUCAGGUUCCCUACCGAACCAUGUAACUUUUAUAGGGGUUUUAACAGCCUGUAGCCAUGUGGGUUUGGUGAAUGAGGGUAUCUGCUACUUUGAGUCCAUGAAAAAAGAGCAUGGGUUAGUACCUAAGCCGGAACAUUAUGCUUGUGUCGUGGAUCUUCUCAGUCGGGCUGGUCAUUUGAGUCGUGCAAGAAAAUUUGUAGAGGAAAUGCCAAUAAAACCAGAUCCGAUGGUUUGGAGGACCCUUUUAAGUUCUUGUAUAGUGCAUAAGAACAUUGAACUGGGAGAGCUUGCAGCUAAAAAUCUUCUAGAUUUGGAGCCUGAAGAUUCAGCAAGCUACGUUCUUUUAUCAAAUAUGUAUGCAGUGUCAAGAAGAUGGAAUUAUAGGGAUCAAACCAGGGAAAUGAUGAAGAACAGGGGAGUGAGAAAAGAGCCAGGUCGUAGUUGGAUCGAGGUUAUGAACAAAAUUCACGCAUUCUUUGUUGGAGAUAAACUUCAUCCACUGGCAGAUGAAAUAUACGAGUAUCUGGAGGAACUCAAUAAUCGAGCAGCUGAUAUUGGUUAUGUCCAAGAUCAUAAUAGCCUUUUAAAUGAAACAGAGAUGGAGCAGAAGGAUCCAACUCUAUAUGUUCAUAGUGAGAAAUUGGCUGUAACCUUUGCACUUCUUAGUUUGCCUGUUGGAAUUCCCAUACGAGUGAUGAAAAACCUCCGUGUCUGCAGUGAUUGCCACAAUUGGAUCAAGUUUAUAUCCAGGAUUUCAAAUAGGGAGAUUGUAGUGCGAGAUGCAUACCGUUUUCACCAUUUUGAAAAUGGUAAUUGUUCAUGUAAAGAUUUUUGGUGA